AUGCAAACUGUGCACCCAACUGUGAAGCUAGCGGAGCUUCGACAAAGCGGUCCUGCUAGUGAUGUUGGUGGAGCGUCUGGACCCAGCACCUCCGCAGCUGGAGAUGUAUCCACUCAGUUAAGUAGGCCUACUCCGCGACCCACAGCAACGCAGUCUUCUAUAAUGGACCAGUUUAUGCAAAAGUCAAUGUCUGUAGCAAAACAAGGCCAAAUUGAUAUUGCAUUGGCUAAAAUGUUUGCCACCGAUUUCCAGCCAUUUUCAAUCGUGGAGGACAGAGGUUUUAGAAAUUAUAGCAAGAGUCUAAAUCCAAUGUACACAAUUCCAAGCAGGAAAGUAAUUUCAGAAUCACUUAUUCCACAACUGUAUGAGAGCACACGGGCUUCAGUGCAGGAAAGAGUCAAAAAAGCUACUGCAGUUUGCCUUACCACUGACUGCUGGACAUCAAGAGUGACCACUAAUUACAUGUCAGUUACAUGUCACUUCAUUGAAGAUUUUUCAAUGUCUAGCUGUCUUCUGGAUUGCUUUGAGUUCAGCGACAGACACACCUCAGAGAACUUGGCAGAGGAACUGUUGAGAGUGGCAAAAGAAUGGGAUGUAGAUGGAAAAGUGGUCUGUUGUGUUACUGACAAUGCAGCUAAUAUAACCAAAGCUGUAAAAAUUUUAAAGUGGACCCAUCAUCCAUGUCUUGCCCACACAAUCAACCUGAUUGUAAGAGAUGCUCUGAAGGUGAUGAAGCCCACUGUGGACAAAGUGAAAGCAGCUGUGGAAUUCUUCCACAGGAGCACAGUGGGUGCUGAAAAACUAAGGUCUACACAAUGCCAGAUGGGAAUGCCUGAGCUAAGGCCUAAACAAGACUGCCCUACAAGGUGGAAUUCAACAUUUUAUAUGUUGAAAAGGUUUCUUGAGUCAAAGGAUGCUAUCAUCUCUACCCUGGCCAUUGUCAAUGCACCUGUUGAUCCUCUGACCCAAGAGGAAUGGGAGGUGGUGGAGGAGGUGUGCAGAGUCCUGGAGCCCUUUGAGCAGGUUACUGUGGAGAUCAGUGGAGAGAGAAAGUUCCAUAGAAUGGAAUAUAAUCACGUGCUAUCAGAAACUGCUGCACUUGACCCCAGGUUUAAGAAGUUAGCCUUCAGUGAUGCCAGAGCGCUUGAUGAGGCUCUUCAGAGAAUCACCUCAGCAGCAGGGAGGGACAGUCCCAGCAGUCAGCUGGCUCAGACACCAGGGCAACAGGAAGCAGAAGGAGCAGAAGCACCAGCAGUAUUGCCACAAACGUCUGCUGUUUGGAUGCUGUUUGAUGAGAGAGCAACUGGGGAUGCGGCGAGAAGGAAUCCCUCAGCAGAUGCCAUAAUGGAGGUCCAAUCCUAUUUGGAGGAGCCCCUCCUCCAAAGAUCUGCAGAUCCUCUGAGCUGGUGGAAGAACAAGGCCUCUAUCUACCCACGGCUUACUAAAGUCAUGACAGGGAGACUCUGCAUAGUGGCCACAUCCGUUCCCUCUGAAAGGGUUUUCUCGAAAACAGGACAAAUUAUUACUGAGAGAAGAAACCGCAUCAGCCCGUCGAAAGUGAGGGAGCUUGCAUUUCUGAAUGCAAAUCUCUCAUAA